AUGAAUGAUAUAUCAACUAUACCCAAUCUAUUAUUACAAUAUAUAUUGUCAAAUGUAGAGUCCAACAUUGAUAAGAUAUGUCUGUCGAUGUCAUGUAAACGUCUGUUCAAUCAAAGACCAUACUACCUUAGACUACGAUGUGAAUGUCGAAUGUCAAAUGAACGAUAUCGAGCAGUAUCCCUCACAUCCUUUACUCAACAACUCGUCCAAGUUGAUCCCCCUCCAGUCCUCACUCUUCAACAGCUAAAGGAUCAAAGAAAUGUACCUUCAAAGAUGAUCUGGACUAUCGAUACAAGUGUUGCGGCUAAUGCUAUACCCGCAGCGGUCACUGACUUGGAGUUUGGAAUGGCGUUCAAUCAACCUUUGAAGCCAGGCGCACUGCCACUGACUAUUCGUAAACUGAUACUUGGCGAGCAGUUCAGAAAGGUGCUCAUGCCAGGCUCGAUACCGCCUCUGGUCGAGGUACUCAAGUUUGGCACCGACUAUAACAUACCACUCGUGCAAGGCAUACUCCCCAACAGCCUGCGGAAGUUGGAUCUGUCUCGAUGCAGUGUGAUACUGAACAAGUCGGCACCGCUGCCCGCCGGCAUCACAUCGCUUAGUCUUCCCAACCAACAAAUACCCAUCAUCUUCCUGCCACCGAACCUAUUGCAUCUCAAACUGCCGCGCGACUACUCUCAUCGCCUGCAACAUCUUCCAGAGAGCGUGCGAACGAUCAAAGGGUCAUUCAUGGAGGACACCAACUUCAAAUGGAUACCAUCAAUACCAUCACAUCUGGAGACACUACAAGUUACAGUACUAACGAUGCGCUUGGACCCUACAAGGAUACUGUCAUACACGUUCAAGCCAUUGAUACACAUCAACACUGUCGUCCUCAACUUGGCGCGCGAAGAUCGCUUCUUCAUUCGACGUCUAGAUCGUCGGAGUGCGCUUGUCGUUGUUGAACGUACCAUGGAAGGCUUCAUCGCGCCAAUCGAUCAGUUUGCUCGACACUUCCUUCGAUUCCGAACCGAGUUGCUUCGACUCGAGUGGGUC